CAAGCACCAGACAUUGCGCGUCGCCGGCAAAUUUGUUCUCUUGUUCCCGUGGCCUAGCCACAUUGUUGCUGUUGUUGUCAUUUUAGUUUUGUGAUAAAGACGCAGGCAAAUGGACAUGCACAGGCUGAUCAACGAGGUUAAGCAGCGCCCGGCCCUGUGGGACGCCAGUCAUCCGGAGCAUGCAAACCGCGUGGAGACGCUACGCCAAUGGCGCAGCGUGGCAGACGCGCUGGGCGUCAAAGUGGAACUGUGUCGCAGUAAGUGGAAGAACUUGCGCUGCAGCUAUCGCCGGCACCAGCAUCGCACCCAGCACCAACAACAGCAGGUAUCGCCAUCGCAUCAAUGGUCCUAUGCGGAGGCCAUGAGCUUUCUGGACGGGCACCGGCUGCGCGCGGACAGCAGCAACAACGAGGACGACGAUUGCGAUCUCAACAUGACGGAGCCCAUGUCAUUCAAGACGGAAAUGCUAUCGGAUGAAAUGGAGGCGGACAACGAUGAGCUGAUGCAGCAGUUCCAAAGUAUGGCCACGCCUCAAGCACUGCGCCGCCUCUCGCACAGCAUUUCGUUGGCAAGCGCCGCCGCCGAGGAGCAGGCGGUGCCACCAGUCAAUUCCAAGCCCAUGGGCGGCACGCAGUCGGCCACGGCAGCCGCAGCGGCAAGCAGCUGCCAUUGCGCCAGGCGUGUGGACGAGCAGGUUAACUUUCUGGAGAGUCUGGAGCGUGAGGAGCAGCAGCUGAUACAGUCCACCAGUCAGGAUUUGGCGCGCUGCAAGAACAUCCUGCACGUGGGCGACUCCGAUUACAAUUUCCUCAUCAGCUUUUUGCCGCUGAUGAAGCAAAUGUCGCCGUUGCAGAACAUUACCUUUCGGGCCAAGAUGGGCGAGUUGCUGUUGCAGACGAUGCAACAGCCACAACAGCAACAACAACAGCAACAACAACAGCAGCAGCAACAACAACAGGGGCAGCCGCAAAUGCAGGAGGAGCAGCCGCAGCCGUCGCAAAUGUUGUUGAACCAGCAGCAGAUGGCCUUGGACCAGGCCCAACAAGUCAGCACUAGCACCACAAAUUGGAAUUGAGAGCGCGGCUUUUCGCAGUGAAUUGAGAGAAUAGAGCGAAUUGUAAACGAAUCAGUGCGCAUGCUCGCCGCACAGUGGGCGGUGUGUGCUAAAAAAAGGCUGAGGAAUAUUACUUACGACAUAAAUAUAAAAUGUUUUCUCCAAAAAAUAUGAUGAAAUAUUUUUUUUUCCAAAUAUAUGUAUAUGUAUAUAUAUAUAUGUUUAUAUAUAUAUGUAAGGUCCCAAGUGUUUGAGAUUCGUACAGUUUGCACCAUAUAUGUAUGUAUGUAUUUAAAGCUGUCAAUUAAAUAAUACUCGCUCUGUAAUUUUAAAAACUAUGCUAUAAACAAUCCUUCUAGCUGUUACAAAUUGUAAUUGUAAAAGAUUUUAUUCGUCUGAUAAAGAAUAUGUUUGGCAAACUGUAAAA